CGAGAUUGGGCCCAGUCUGCCUCUGCUCAUCGUCGGCCAUGCCCAGGGUGGCCAUGCCGCCGUCCGGGGUUCCACGGGUUCGACUCCCCGCAGGGCUUCUUCGCCUCCGCCCCCCGCACCCCACCCCUUCCCCGCGCCUCGUCGCCGCCAUCGUCCUCGCUCUCUGGGGAUUAUGUUCUUCGCGCAUCACCGAAGUGACGCGGCCCAGGUCAAGUACAAGACCAUGAUCCGCAUGGAGCGGUACGGCAACUGCCCGGAGUUGCCGGACCCCCUCAACAAGUUCAACUUCUCGGAAGUGGUCCCGUACGGCAGGACGCAGGUGGGCAGAGGGACCUUCAUCAUCACGGAGACGUACAAGAAGUUAACGAGGACGGUGGCUCGGAUCCACAAGUGUACCGACAGGAACGACCCCAACUGCGAGCUGUUCCAAAACUGGCGCUUCGGCGAGGAGACCUGCAACCUUCUGCUCAUGAAGAACGCCAUCUGGACCCCGCUCUUCGACUUCCACCCGUCGCUCUCGUGCCCGAUAAAACCGGGAGUGUACCAAAUGGAGAACGUGACGGUGGACAUCGACAGGCUGAAGAUGAUCCAGUUCCCCGAUAAGGGCUACUUCAAAGUGAGCAUCAUGCUGGACGGGGACAAAAUUCCCAAGGUCACGUGCUUCUACUUCGAGCUGACUUUCAUCAAAGUUCGAGCGUGAAACGCCAGGGGCGCCAGGGGAAGGAGGAGGGUGUCUGGAAGCGUCUGCUCCUCGCAAAACACGGUUUAAAUUUAAAUAAACUU